AUGAAACCUUCAGGAACCGUUGACAGCUCUCUUUACUGGAACAAAACAAUACUUCCUACAGGUGCUACCAGGAUUCCGACUGACCAACCAAUUCUAACCAAGGUUGCACCGACGCAGAACCAACCCAAAUCCAAUGAAACGUCCGCACUUUGGCGAUCUGCUCCUGCUCCAGAGCCUCCUCCUCCGAAAACGGCGAGGAGAGCAAAAAGAGGAGGGGAGGCCACCAAAAUCGAUUCGCUUUGGUCCGCAGCCGCCGUCGUCGUCGUCGCCGAGGCUGCCGUCGGUCGCUGUCGUCGAGCGGUCGUCGGUUGGUCGCCGCUGGCCCUCCUCCUCCUCCCAUUUUUUCCAUUUUCCGCGCUCGCGGCCGACAAUCGAUUUUUUCCUUCUUUUUUCAUAGUCGUCGUCGUCGUCCGUCCUCCUCUCCUUGUUUCUUUUUCGUUCCUUUUUGGCUCCAUUUAUUAUAGCACAUCAUUUUCUUCAAAACCUAGCUAUUUUCCGUCCUAAUUAUAACCUGAGCAGAAAAGCCACUUUGAAGCUUUUUGAACCUAGCCAUUGUCGUUUCUUAUCUCCCCCUUGUGAAUUUAGGCGAGAAAAAACUUUGGAAGUCCCAAAAACCCAUUAAUUAUCUUUCUAAAGUUUCCAGCUUCAACUUUCAAGCUUCUGAGCCUUAUAAUUACAUCUUUUAGGCCUUAGGCUUUUCGAAAGUAGCCAGAAAAAUUUUCCAAUUGCCAAAAAAAGUGUUUUGAAGCUUUUAAACCCAUUACACAAAAAGCUUCUAUUUGCGCAAUUAAUCAUAAAAAUCUUGUUAAGCUGAACUUUUCUAAUUAACAUUUUUAUUCUCAACCCCGUUAAUAAAUGAUUUACACACGUUAACCAUUUGACAUUUUUCCAUGUAUACGUGAAUUUAUUAUUGUAAACUAAUUUAAGAUCCUCAAAAAAAUCAAUUAGAUUUUUUUAGCUUGCUUCUCCUGUCCGAUUUCUCAUAGUUCUGAAUGUCAAAAUGAAUGAAAUCGGUAAUCUAAAUAAUUUGAAUCAGAAAGAAAACCAUAAGCUUUUUUUUUCCGAAAAUUGAUCAAUUUUUCCAUUUCGAACUAGUAGUUUUUUAAAAAUUUAUUUCACUUAAUUUUCACGUUUAUUCGCAAAUUGAAAACCGUUUCAACAUUCAUAUUUUCUUUCUUUUCUUCUCAGCCCAUAGUUUGCGAAACAAACUUCAUAAAGCGCUGGCAACUGAAAAAUCGUUCAUUCUACCUAAUUUUCCACUAUAUUUUUGUUCCCUUUCGUGUCUCGUUACACUUAGAAAACCUAUUAUUCAACUGAUUCUGUUCUUAUUUUUUUCGAGAAAAAAAAUCUUUCUAAAAAAAUACAUUUUUCUACCCCAUUGUUCCCAUUAUUUUUUUAUUACUUUUCGUGUCUGUUCAUACUUCAAAAGUGUCCGAUUCUUCGCCUUUUUUAUUAAUUAAAUAAACUUAGCAUGGUGAACCACGAUUUGAAAAGCCAUAAAUCGCAUUCUUAAUGAUACUUUGAUCGUUUUUCUCUUAUCCGUUCGAAUUUUAAACUGUCCUUUUAUUUUCUAUGCUCUAUACGUUCCACUAAACUUUUUUCGAAAAUAAUCUCCUUCAAGCUCUUUCUUAACUUUUUCUCUAAUCCGUUCGCACUUUGAAACCGUCCGUUUUGUCCUCUAAUUUCACUGUUUUCUGUAAUUUCACUCCUAAACUCAAAAAAUUCUUGUAAACACAACCUAAUCGGCAAAAAACACUAAAACUUCUUACUAAAAUCUCUUGUCAUCUCAUUUUCAAUCCAUCUGAUCGGGAUUUAAAACCGUCCGCUCGUCGUUUUUAUUCGUUUUCAAUAUGCUCAUAUUUUUCAGAACAUCCUCCAUUCAGCACCACCAACCGCUGAAGACCUCGAGUUCUCCAACAGCUCCUACCGCCUCAAGCUCUUGUGCUUCUUCUCCUUCUCCUUCUUCAAUUCUCAAACUCUUCUCAUCUGACACCUCAGCACAUCACCACCGAUGGGCAUCAAGGGUUCCAAACCGAAACUCUCCAAGGAGGACUUGGAGUUCUUGAAAAAGAAUACCAAUUUCACCGAGGAGCAAAUCAAGGAAUGGUAUAAGGGCUUCGUGGUGAGUCUUUCAUUUUUUUUUUUUUUGAUUUUGAAACUUUUGAGUAUGGAGAAGUUGAAGUGAUUCCGUUUCAUGUGUUAGCUUAGAAAGUCGACAAAAUGGCUCUUCUAGUUGCUUCAAGAGGUUUCUCAAGAUUUUGGGGCUUUCUAAUUCUAAUCGCCAAUUAGUCUGACCUGUCUGUGCUCUUUUAUUCACGUGCUGUCUUUAUUUUUUCUGUACCGUAAAGAGAAAAGAGAGCGCAGACAAGCUAGACUGUGUUUAGCAGUGGUGACUGUGAUUUUUCAAACUAGGUUUUUUUUAUCGAUUUAGAAAAAUUUACGAACUUUUGUUCGAAUUUCCAACUUUAGUCUAUUCUCAGAUGUCUUUGACGUUGAAGGCGCACAGCAUUAAAAAGCUUUUUUGCGUCAAAAUUUGAUCUUUUCUCGUUCAUGUUCCUUCAAAAAUUUUUUUCUAAUCAAGAGUUUUUUUCAAAAAAAUUAGUUUUUUUCUCUCUCUCUCUGAACGUGCUAAAUUUGAAUUUUUUCUUAAGAAACCAGGAAGUCACAUUACUCCUAUUUGUCAAUUUACUGUAAUGAGUUACCUGAAACCGGUAUUUUGAUUUACUCAAACUUCUGAUAAGACUAACAAAAGUGAAUUUGUUGUUCCGAUGAACUCUCAAGAUUGUGAAAGAAAAUUUCUGACAAAAAUUUCGAUAAUUAAAUCAGGGUUGAUAUCUAAGCCUCGAAAAAGACAAAAACCUCAAAUUUCAAGAAAAAAGGGUAUUUCGGUUUGUCUUUUUCGCGUUUCCGUUUUUUUUCAUGGUUUUUCAUUCACCACUGGCUCGAGAAUCGGAUUAGCAAAACGUUAUGCAAGAAAAUUAAAACGAGUGUCUCGUUCAUUGACUGAGUAUGAUUGUGAAAAAAUUUUCUUAAAAAGUUCUGAGUCGAAAUAAGAUUAGAUCUUAUAAAGUCCUAAAUUCACCACUGAACUCAUAAAAACACAACAGAAUCUCUCACAAUUUUCCACGGAUAAUCGCAUUCGAAAUGGCUCAAAGCGAUGCGGCUGGCUAAUACCAAAAAACUCCAAGUGUGACCUCUAAACGUCCUAAAAUUUGCAGCAAGAUUGCCCGAAAGGACACUUGACCAAGGAGCAGUUCAUCAAAGUGUACAAAGACUUUUUCCCGUCGGGCUCAGCGGAGGGCUUCUGCGAGCACGUCUUCCGCACCUUCGACACGGACAAUUCGGGAUUCAUCGACUUCAAAGAGUUCUUAUUGGCCAUCAACGUGACGAGUUCGGGUACGCCCGAGCAGAAGCUCGAAUGGGCCUUCCGGAUGUACGAUAUCGACGGCAACGGCACGAUCGAUGAGAAGGAAAUGAUCAAGAUUAUUGAGGUGUGUUUUUCCCCGAUUUCUCAGACUAAAAUCACAACUGGCUUAUCAAGAGUUACAGUAAGCCUAUUUUUCAAGAUCCGUUUUUGAAAUUUCUCCGACUUGGUGAACUUUGAGACAAAUUAUAAAUGAAAUGAGUAUAUAUGGCUGAAACGAUUUUUACGAAAGGGAAAUUCUGUUUUUAAAAAUGUUGAUACCUUUUUUUUUGAAUUUCUGGCACAGUAAUGACAUAGGUCAUAGAAAGUUCUUCUUUAAACCUUAAAAUAUAUAUAUAUAUCUAUUUAUUUUUUUAUAUUUAUUUUUUUCUCUUUGUCUUAUCAACCUUAAGACUUCCUGAAAUUAUCUAACUUCUCAUUUUGAAAAAGUUAGAUUCUUCUUUACACAAUCCCGUUUCCGACUUUUAUGUUUUUCCGCUUUUGUUGUUUAAAAUUAAAUUUCAAACUUACAAAGAAACAUAUUUUCGAGCAGCCCAACAAAAAUCUGUAGUUUGAUCCCGAGGCAUAAUCCAACACGAAAAAAAUGCAAUCGGAACAAAGAAAUCAGAAGUUUGAUGCCAAGACCAUAAUCCAGGUCAAUAUAUUCGACACUAAUCACAGCGGUUAUAGAUAUUUCUGCAUUGUCUGUCUUUCUAAAAUCUACGGAUAUUUAGAACUUUCUGGAAGCCUCCCAAAGCUCAUAUGCGUCAGGAAGAUCUAAAUUCCACAAAAAUCUGUAGUUCAAUCCCCAAAGGCCGUAUUCAACUUAUAAUCCAAUGCACGAGGAUACAUAGAACAUCGAGAACCAAAGAGUGUGUAGUUUGAUCCUUAAGACUCAUAUAUUUCCAGGCGAUCUACGAGAUGCUCGGGCCGGAGGUGACAAAAUCCGCCGACGACUCACCGCGGAAGCGAGCCAAGAUGAUUUUCGAGAAGAUGGACGUCAACAACGACAAGGAGCUGACCUUGAAGGAGUUCGUCGACGGCUGCCUGGCCGACAAGGAGCUCUUCCAGAUCCUCACCAACGAGGUCAAGAAGUAG